UUUUUCCAGCCCCCCAUUUCAAAUUUUCUAGUUCCGCCCCUGAAAGGAUGGAAUGUGAAAAGUAAGCUUCAUGUUCUGACUUCUUAAUUUCUUGCAAAAUUUUCCAAAUCAAGGACAUUAUAUAAACAAAUUGCUCAUCAAAUUCUUAAAAUAUUUUUAACAUAUUCACUUUUCCCUAUUCUGAGUUCUCAGAUGCUAAUUUCAAUCAAAUUCGACACCUUCUUCCUCUUCAUGUUUCUCAAAUUUCUUUCAACUACAGUCUCUGGCAACUCGCCGGAGUUGUUCUCGUCCACUGAUAAUAUACUCCUUAACUGUGGUGCAUCAGGUAACUCAACCAGCCUAGAUGGUCGAAUUUGGACCGGAGAUAUUGAUUCAAAAUUCAUUUCCUCAUCAGCAGCAAAUUUCGCAAACACUUACUGUAAACCCCUUGUUCUAGCAAAAUUCAAUGAUCCUGUCCCAUACCAAACCUGCAGAAUUUUUCAUUCUCAGUUGAAUUACUCUUUCCAUGUUCGAUCAGGACUAAAAAUUGUACGGUUGUACUUCAAUCCUGUAUCAGCCGGAGGAUCCAACGGUUCUAAGGCAGUUUUCAGUGUUACAAUUAGUCCUUCCACUCUUUUGAGUAAAUUCAGCCCUUCUAAUUAUUCUGCUGAUUCCUUUUUCAAGGAAUUCAGCUUGAACAUAAAAGACCAUCAGAUUCUGAACUUAGUCUUUACUCCAGGAACUACUAAUAGCUCGUAUGGUUUUAUUAACGGAAUAGAGAUCGUAUCAGAUAAGCAGAAGCGAAAGUCGAAGAUCCCUGCAAUUAUUGGAGCUGCAGCUGGUGUGAUCAUGGUGUUAGUCAUAGUCAGAUUUACAAUUUUCUGGUAUUGCAGAAGAAUAAGGUUCAGCCAGGAGAGCACAAAGCCCCUGCAAGAAGGAAUCUGUCGUAUAUUCACAGCUGAAGAGAUCAGAAAUGCCACUAACAACUUUGACAGAGAUCUAAUAAUUGGAGACGGGGGCUUUGGUCGAGUAUUUAAAGGAUACAUCGACACUGAAAACACACCGGUAGCUAUUAAAGCACUCAAGCCAACUUCAAGCCAAGGGUCUAGCGAGUUCUGGGCAGAGAUUGAAAUGUUAUCAAAGAUCCGUCACAACUAUUUAGUAUCUUUAAUCGGUUACUGCAACGAACAACAUUUCAUGAUCCUGGUGUACGAGUAUAUGGCUAAAGGAUCACUCCACGAUCAUCUUUAUCAUCCACAUAAUCCUCCAUUGGCAUGGAAACAAAGGCUAGAGAUUUGCGUUGGUACAGCUAAAGGAAUAAAAUACCUUCAUACAGGUACAGACCCUUGUAUCAUUCAUCGCGAUAUUAAAAGCUCCAACAUUUUACUUGAUGAGAAUUGGGUGCCUAAGGUUUCCGAUUUCGGAUUGUCUAGAUUAGGCCCUACAAGCCUGUCGCGAAGCCAUGUAACCACGGACGUGAAGGGUACGUUUGGGUAUCUAGAUCCUGAGUACUAUGUCACUAACCAUUUAACUGUAAAAUCUGAUGUUUAUAGCUUUGGUGUAUUGCUAUUUGAAGCAUUAUGUGGCAGACCAGCGGUUGACAUAAAGCUAGAAGAUGAACAACAUAGUUUAGCAUCAUGGGCUAAAAAACAUGUCAAAGAGGGUACCGUUGACCAAAUCGUUGAUCCGAAUUUAAUGGGCGAAAUCGCGACAGAAUGUUUGAAGGUAUACUCGAGGAUUGCCGUGAAGUGCCUGCAUGAUCAAAAGAAUGAGCGGCCUACUAUGUCGAAUGUGUUGAAGAAACUUGAGGUUGCAUUGAAACUUCAGGAAUCUGCCGAUUUUGGUGCAGAUGAAAAUGGAAUUGAAACGGCGGAGUUAUCUCUGCGUCACAAGGGGGAGAGCAGUGGAGGUCCAGUGCAGUCAUGUCCAACAUUUUGGCCGAAAAAUACAUCUGCUAGUAAGGAAUCUUACAGGUUUUUCAGUGACCGCAGAGCAAGGGUUGACAGUAAAAUGGCUAAAAAACCACCAUCCUUGAGGAGGCUUAGAGGGUUAUUUUAUACAAUAUUUGCAUACAAAUCUCUGCCCAGCAAUCAAGGGCAAUCCAGAGAUUGUAGUUCGUGUGGACCAGAUUUAACAUCAGAGAAGAUGCUGAUAGAGAUUAUGGCUGCUCAAGAACUGUGAUAAGUAUGUGUGAUGCGGAACAAUAAUCUUUAACUUUAGAUUGGAUUGUAAUUACGAAAACUCAUAAUUAUAUCUGAUCGAAACUGAUUCAGAGAUCUAUAUUUCGAUUU